AUCUUUAACUUAGGCUCGAAACGAACUAACGACGGGUAGAGGUGUCCGUCGUCUGAUGACUGUAGUCUCAGACCUUACAAAGGCCGUGUCAUAAGACCUCCCUUCGACGCUAGGCUUAAUCAUAAGAUCAAUCUUCGCCAAACCCGAAGCAUUCUCAUUUCUAUGAACUUGCCCAGGAAACUAUUUCGAGCAUAAUCUCGGUGCUCCCCCCGAGAGGUGAGGCACGUAAGUUUGGCUAUUGCUUUACAUCCGGGUCGGUCUGCUACUGAGUGGGUCUGCCACUAAGUGGGUCGUUCUGACUCGGGAGCGCAUCUGCCUCAUUGUAUUUAGGUCACCUUUUGUACAUCAACGCCCAAUCUGGUUUUGUCAGAUUUAGGGGCCAUUCCGCGGCCCCAUGGCCUCAUACGAAACCGCCUUGCAGUGGCCGCUAAGCUUAUUAACCAUCUGAUAGCAUAAGAAUCUAUGAACUUCUCACGAAUAAAUGUGGUUUGUCCCUUACUAAUCACAAGUCCUCGGUUAUGCGAGCCACACUGUCUCACGACAUGCUCCCGAAUGUGCUAUGUGCUAUAUAACCAAUGUUAUUCAUUAGCCUGGAGAUGAGUUCUCUUUGACCCCCCCUCCCUCCCCCCUUACUCUCGAAUUCGCUCAUGCCUAAGGUCACCAACGGUCGUGUUAUCUACGUCAAACACCCUACUGGUUACUAUGAGCCUGGGGUGCACACAAAAUACGUUGAAGAGCAACUGGACACCGACACUGUUCCACUGAAUGGUGGAAUCCUGGUGAAGAUACUCGCUAUCAGCAGCGACCCAUACAUGCGUCAUAGGAUGCGCGACGAAAAUAUCCCUUUGUUUGCGCCACCCUUGAAGAUUGGAGAGCCUCUCGAUAAUUUCUCUGUUGGGAAAGUCAUCCGCAGCGAGGAUCCUGCUUAUGCUCCUGGUGACUACGUCUCGGGCUAUUUCACUUUCGAGAACUACGUUGUGCAUCCAGGAAAUAUCACACACGUUUUCAAGUUUUGUACCAAGAUUCCAAAGCUACCUGGUUUGCCUAUGUCGGCUUUUGUAGGUAUUCUCGGCAUGCCAGGGAAAACCGCUUAUCAAGGCUGGCUGUUUGCUAAGGAGAAGGCAAAGACUAGCAAGACGUUGUAUAUCAGUGUCGCUGCUGGUGCUGUUGGCACAUUCUUGAUUGAAUAUGUGAAGACCAUCCAUCCGCACCUCAAGAUCAUCGCGUCAGCCGGAACACCCGCUAAGAUUGACCUUCUGAAGUCUAUCGGCGCUGACGUCGCUUUCAAUUAUAAGGAGACGGACAUUGCUAAGGUCCUGGCUGAACACGGACCUAUCGACAUCUAUUGGGAUAACGCGUCUGGUUCCACAUUGGAUGCUGCGCUGUGCAACAUGAGCACGUUUGGUCUUAUCGUUUCUUGUGGCGCAAUUUCUUCCUACAAUGAAGACCAAGGUGCAGUUAAGCAUUUUGAGAAGGUGUUCGAGCGUUCCCUUUCCAUACACGGUUUCAUCGUGGGCAUCGGCGACGAGGCAAAACGGGCGUUAGUGGAGUUCGAGAAGGAGAUUCCGCCUCUAGUUCUAGCUGGGAAGAUCAAGCUGCGUGAGCAUCGUUUCUAUGGGUUGAAAUCGGCGGAGCAAGCUCUAAGAUCUGUCCAUACGGGCGAGAAUUUUGGAAAGGCUGUGGUCAUUGUAGAUGAGGAAGGCGGAGCUGCUUGAUGUAAUAUUAUGAUUACAUAGUAAGUAUGCUAUUGCGGUCACGGUAGACAUGUAAAUCAUAAAAUGCUGUACUCUUAAAUACCUAAUCUCCUGUGCUG